UCGGAAUCUCCUCCUCCUGCCUCAGCCCUCCGCGGUCCAUUGCGCGCGCAGGCGCGCCAGCUGCUUUGCGUUUCCCGCCUUUUCCUUUUGGGACACGCCCUUCUCUCUCAUCUCCUUUCCAGCUCGCUUCAACUGCCAACUGGAGAGCUGAGGAAGAAGCCGCCGCCAUUUUGUCGGCGCGAGCGAUUCAAGGGUGCGAACAACAACAAAAAAAAAAACACAGGAUUAAAAAUGGCCGAGAAUGUGGUGGAGUCGGGCUCGCCUUCAGCCAAGAGGCCUAAACUUUCUUCACCGGCACUGUCUGUCUCUGCAAGCGAUGGCACAGGAAAUGGGCAAGGAAUGAUGCAAGGACAAGUUAUGAAUGGUUCAAUUGGAGCUGGAAGAGGAUAUUCCAAUAUGUCAUAUCCAAACCCAGGAAUGGGAAAUGCUGAUAUUCUAAUUGCAGAGACAUCACAGCAAGGUUCUCCUCAAAUGGGAGGGCAGGCGAGCCUGAGAGGUCCACAGCCUGGAGCAAUGAACAAGGAUGAUGACUUGGGCAUUGCCCACAAUAACACUGAAAACCCUGAGCACAAGAUGGAGAAACCGGGCCUCGGUAUUGAUGAUGAGAGCAACAACCAACGGGCAGCUGCCACUCAGAGUCGUGCUGAUUCAUAUCGCCUGUCUCUCCAGCGCUGCAUCCAGUCUUUAGUUCAUGCCUGCCAGUGCCACAAUGUCAACUGUUCAUUUCCAAAAUGUCAAAAAAUGAAGAGAGUUGUCCAGCACACCAAAAGAUGCAAAGCCAAAGCCAAUGAAGGGUGUCCAGUUUGCAAACAACUCAUUGCUCUUUGCUGCUACCAUGCUAAGCACUGCCAGGAGAUCAAGUGUCCAGUGCCAUUUUGCCUAAACAUCAAACAUAAACUUCGUCAGCGUCAGCGUCGCCUACAACAGGCCCAGAUGCUCCUGAGGAAGAUGAAAGCAUCCGGAGGGUGAAGGCAUAGAGGGACAACAGCAAGGGUUGCCUUCAACAGUAGUUUGUUUAAAAUAAAAUUUAAAAAACCAACUGAAAUGGGGGACAAUGGAAUAAAGAAAAUAUAUUUUUUGUUA